UUUUUAUGAACAGGAGUAUUGUGAAGUUUUUGCGUUCUUGACGAUCCGAUCGGGGUUGAAUUAUGAAGUGGCAAUACAAGCAACAACAUCCGUUUGAAAAACGACAGCAAGAAGGCGAGAAAAUCAGGAGGAAAUAUCCGGACCGUGUGCCAGUGAUUGUGGAGAAGGCGCCAAAGGCUCACAUCGGAGACCUGGACAAAAAGAAGUAUCUCGUGCCCUCGGAUUUGACUGUUGGACAGUUCUAUUUUUUGAUCCGGAAAAGAAUAUCCUUGAAGCCCGAGGAUGCCUUAUUCUUCUUUGUGGACAACGUAAUUCCGCCAACCUCAGCGACCAUGGGAUCUUUGUAUGAGGAUCACCGGGACAAAGACUUCUUCCUCUACAUUGCUUUUAGCGACGAAAGCGUUUAUGGGAACUGUUGACAUUUUUGGCAGAACGAAGUUCGAUCGGCAAGAUGACUGACGAAGUUUGAUUUUUUUUCACAUUUUGAUUUGAAGAAUGGCUGUGGUUUUAAUUUUUGGAGAAGCAUCUUUUUUUUGCACGAUUUCUCAUUCGUUUUCAAGAUUUGUUCGCGUGAAGAUUUGCGGCGUUUAUUACGGUUAAUUUUUUUUAGAAAAUGCUGCAAGCUGUAUUGUGUGAAAGAUGAUCAAAAUAAUAUUCAUUAUUUUAGAGUUUUUUCGGAAUUUGUUGAGCGAAUAAUUCUGUCCAAGAUUUUCUAUUUUAUUUCGAAGUAUGAUACUUUCCAAAAAAUGACAGACGCGCAAAAAUGCAUCAACAAGCUCUGUUCCGUAUUUUCAUGCAACAUAGGCCGCAUUUUCCCUGUGGCCUAUAGUAAAGAUAUUUUUCUACAUGAUGUGUGGCCUAUGAGUUGGAGGAUAAUGUCCAAGGGUUGUGCUUGCUUGAGUAUUAGAACUUAAAAUACAUGUACAGGUGUUACCUUGCAAUUUGACCCUAAUCCAUUGCCAAACUAGGAUCAAAUUGCAAAGCAGUCAAAUUGUGAAACACUUCGUGAAAUUCAAAAAGAUCACUAGAAAAAGAAAGAAGUGGGCAAAGCAGGUCAUUGUGGGGAAAGCGUUGAAUUGCAAGUCAGGGCAAUGCUGCAAAGUUGACCCUCAAGUUAUGUGAUGGUUGAAUUGCCAGGUACCACCAGUACUAUUAUCUUGCAAGUAAGAACAAUAGCAAGAAAAUCAAGCCUUGUUCAAUUGGAAACCUGAUGACUUUACCUGUUGAAUAUGUAUAAAUUUCCAAGAAUUUGGUGGAUUAAAUUCUCAAAAUCUUAAGAGUUGCCCAGGUGACAAUUUUACAAAUUGUUGCAGCAUGAAAUUCCUGCUGAAUAUUAUGGAUCUCUGCUUCAAGUCCCGUGAAUACGGUAAAUUAAUCCUUUGCGCGUUUUAUUGAGAUUCUGAAGUGGCUUUAUUUUGGGUUCAAAUAACCAUAGCUGAUUUUAAAAAUUGUAAAGCUUUUGUUGAAUGAAUAUAAUCUUGUGCUCAAGAGAAGAUAUGUUGCAUUCAGAUCUUUGGCAUGCUUUGUGUGGUGGAAUGGAGGGCUUGGAAUGAUUUUAUACAUGGAAAAGUGUGAAAUCUGAUGAAAAAAUUGUCUGCUUUCCAACUGUAUCUUUGCCAUGAAGCGACUCAGAUUAAAUAAAAUGGCUUACCUUGCUAUAACUGAA